GCUGCCUGGAGUGCGCCUGAUCAGGGUCAUAUGACACAGCGAAGAUGGCUGACGGGGAGAAAUGCACUGCUGCUGCUGCAGGAAGGCAAGAAGACUUUGAGAUCAUUGACAAAAACCAGAUUCCUAGUGCAACCGAGCUGAAGAACGAGGAAAAAGAGAAAGCGGCAGAAGAAGCGAGGUGGUCCGCUCCGAUCUUGUCGCUGGCUAAGAAAGCCUCGGAGAACUUAGCGCUGAGCUAUGGCAACGCUCUGAAGUCUGCAGCUUUGGUAGGAUUCAUAUCCAAACCAGUCAGCAAUGACAACACAGCAAAAACAAGUGUGCGAUACCACGCCAUGGAGGAGCGCACCAACCUGAUGAACAUGAUGAAGCUCAGUAUCAAAACCCUCAUCCAGUCGGCCCUCAGCCUGGGCCGCACGCUGGACUCGGACUUCCCUCCCUUGCAGCAGUUCUUCGUGGUGCUGGAGCACUGCCUCAAGCACGGCCUGAAAGUGAAGAAGACCUUUAUUGGACAGAACAAGUCGUUCUUUGGUCCUUUGGAGCUUGUGGAAAAACUUUGUCCUGAAGCAUCAGAUAUAGCGACUAGUGUUAAAAAUCUGCCAGAGUUGAAGACUGCUGUGGGAAGAGGACGGGCUUGGCUUUACCUGGCACUCAUGCAAAAGAAGUUGGCAGAUUAUCUCAAAGUGCUCUUGGACCACAAGCAUCUAUUAAGUGAAUUUUACGAGCCUGAUGCGUUGAUGAUGGAGGAAGAAGGAGCAGUCAUUGUGGGUCUGUUAGUUGGACUGAAUGUUAUUGAUGCAAACCUUUGCUUGAAAGGAGAAGACUUGGAUUCCCAGGUUGGAGUGAUUGAUUUUUCCUUGUACCUGAAGGAAACGCAGGACAGUGAUAGCAAACAAGAUGGAGGGAUUACUGCUGUCCUUGACCAGAAGCAUUAUGUAGAAGAACUUAACCGGCAUCUAAGUUGCACAGUUGCCGAUCUUCAGAACAAAAUAGACUGUUUAGAGAAGACUAAUUCAAAGCUGCAGGAAGAGCUGGCAGCAGCAACUGACCGAAUUGGAUCUCUUCAGGAAGAGCAGCAGCAGUUAAAACAACAAAACGAAUUAAUUCGUGAACGGAGUGAAAAAAGUGUAGAGGUAACAAAAGAGGAUACAAAAGUAGAAUUGGAUACUUACAGGCAGUCACGGCAGGGUCUUGAUGAAAUGUACAGUGAUGUCUGGAAGCAGUUGAAAGAAGAAAAAAAGAUCAGGCUGGAACUAGAGAAAGAGUUGGAGCUACAGAUUGGAAUGAAAACAGAAAUGGAAAUUGCCAUGAAACUUCUGGAAAAAGAUACUCAUGAAAAACAAGACACCCUGGUUGCGCUUCGUCAGCAGUUAGAAGAAGUGAAAGCUAUUAACUUGCAGAUGUUUCACAAAUCUCAGAAUGCAGAGUGUUCAUUACAACAGAAAACAGAAGCAAUAUCUUCCUUUGAAGAAAAAACAAAUGAGAUGAUGUCUUCUAUGAAACAAAUGGAAGAAAGAUUGCAGCAUGCAGAAAAGGCAAGGCAAGCUGCAGAAGAAAGAUGCAACAAGAUGAAGCAAGAGCUUGCUGGCAGGCUUGACACUUGUCGGCAACAGAUGUCCCAGCUGGACAGCAAAUGCUCAACGCUGGAGAAGGAGUUAAAAUCUGAAAAGGAACAGAGACAAACUUUGCAAAGAGAACUACACCAAGAGAAGGAUGCUACCUCUCUGCUUAAAACAGAAUUGGAACAAAUGGAGGGACUGAAAAAGGAACUGAGAAAACUGCAAGAUGAGAAGCAGCAGUUAGAGAAAGUCUGUGAAGAACAGGAGCAAGCUCUUCAAGAAAUGGGACUUCAUCUCAGCCAAUCUAAGCUGAAGAUGGAAGAUAUUAAAGAAGUAAAUAAAGCACUAAAGGGUCAUACCUGGCUGAAGGAUGAUGAAGCAACACACUGCAAGCAAUGCGAAAAGGAGUUCUCUAUCUCAAGAAGAAAGCAUCACUGCAGAAACUGCGGGGACAUCUUCUGCAACACUUGUUCCAGCAAUGAACUUGCACUGCCAUCAUAUCCUAAACCUGUCCGUGUCUGUGAUACUUGUCACACCUUACUACUUCAGCGGUGCUCAUCUAAUUCCUCCUAAGGCUUUGGUGACCUCCAAGGGACCACUUUAGCAUUGGAAAAGUAGCCAUUAUUUUUUUAAUUGUGAAUUCCAGGCACCUUCUGUGCAGCACUGUCUGCUCUCUAGUAUUUUCCACUGUUGGAUAGGUCAGUGUAAAAGAAUGUAGGGAUUAAUUAUGCAAGCUAAUCUUUCUCUAACUGGAAUUACUGAGAAAAAUUAUCAUGUAAUAUCCAUUAAAGUUCUAUUUGAAAUUAAAAUGCACACUUACUUUCCAAUUUUUAUAGACAAGGUAUUUGUACUAAAAUUUAUAUAUGGCAUUUCUACGGUUAUACCUAAUCCCUCUAAAAGCUGUUUUUUCUGCACAUUAACUUCACUUCCUCUGUGUUCAGUGUAGGUGUUCCUGUUUGUUAUACUGGCUACUGUACAGUUUUGUAUUUGUGCUGAGGAAUGUCCGUUUAUGAAUUACCUAUGGAAAGAGCUUUAUCCGUGUAAAUGAAUGUGCCUUCAGUAUACUUCCUAGUCAAAAACUGCAACUUAACACUUGUUCUGAAAUGGCUGUGAGCACAGUAUGGUAGCUGCACAAUAAAGCCUUUUGCAAAAACUGAAAAUAACUGAAGUUCUAAUUUUUAAAAGCUGAGUCAGUCAUGGCUCCUGGAGGAGAGUGGUCUUGUGCUGUGGUCAAAGGCUUUAAAAUACGGAGACUGAACCACCUCUAGAAUAACCAUCAGCUCCAGCAUGCUUAAAUGAAGUAUUCCCUUGGGACAGGCUGCAUAGAGCCAACACUGAGGAAGUAACUGCUGUUCUUCCAAGAGAGGAAGAAGUGAGCCCAGCAUGUUGUGAACAUAUACCUGGGGCUGCUGUUUAGAUUGUGUGCCUUCAGGAGCAAGUAUGGUGCUGCCCUCUCUCACAAUUCCAUUAGUUACAGGUAUCUGGAAAUAGCUACCAUGUCAGGGGAAGCUCCAGUGCUCACAGCUAGUAGUAGUCUUACACUGCUUAUAAACCACAUCUUUAAGCACAGUGUUUAACAAAUUGAAUUUAUUGAAACAUGGCUGCACUAAGCUUUAACGUCCAUUGAUCCAGCACCUUGGCUCUAAAGAACAGCAUCACCUCCCAGCCACCUCCCAGCCCCCCUUUGCAGCUUUAAAAUCACAUCUCAAGCAGGUAAGGUUGCAUAAGCUUGGUCAUGUCACAGCCUUGUGGCAUCCUGAACCCCCUUGGUGGCAGUUCAGCACCCACAGCAGUAGGUGGCAGUUUUCUUUCCUAACCCCACUUUUGGCUGAGAAACAAUUGUCACUUUAAUAUCCCACAAGGCCAGCUUUCACAUGGUAAUUCUGGUUAGAAAUAGUCACAAUACUUCACAGCAGAUGGAUGUUAAGAGUACUGUGAUCACUGACACCACAGAAGCAGUCACACUUCUGUAUCUAUCUAUACCACAGAAGUUGAAGUUCAAGAAGAAAUGAGUUCCAGUUUUUAAAAGGAAGAUUUAUUUAACAAGUUUCACUUAGCGCAAUACACCUAAAAAGGAAAUCACAAUACAAUGAAAGAUUAAAUCAAGGCCUCAGAAUUUUAUACGAACACCAAGACCAAAAUCCUAAAGUAGCCGUAUUGCGUCUCAACACGUUUCCCCCAUUAACUUAAAAAAAAGCUUUAACGUGCCUUACAGGAUAUUAAAAGAAAUAAA